AUGCCAUAUAUUCAAAAGAUCUCUUACGAUGCAGUUUUAAGUAGGGAAAAUAAUGUUUUAAUUUAUGAGAAAAAGAUUGAUUUUAAAAGAAGUUUCGAAUUUUUCAAAAUUUCAUUAUUCCCAUUCCUGAUUUUAAAAGUUUCAUCAUUUUUUUUAAUCAAUUUUAUACCUGUUAUUGGACCUUUAAUUAUAUUAUUUUUUCAAAGUAGUUCAAGAGGAUUAUUGGCACAUAAAAGAUAUUUCAAAUUGAAAAAUUUUACAAAAUCAGAGAUUAAAGAAAUUUAUAAGAUUAAUAAACCUUCAUAUAUGGCAUUUGGAUUAUCUGCUUUGAUGUUUGAACUGAUUCCAAUGUUGAAUUUAUUUUUCAUAUUCACAAAUACAAUAGGAGCAGCUUUGUGGGUUGUAGAUAUUGAAAAUAAUGAACCAAUCGAAGAAGAAAAUUUUAAUGAGAUUAUUUCAAUACAAAAUUCAAUUAGUUAG